GACAAAUUCUUGACUCAAAGCAAGAACAAGAAUGCACUGAAAGUCAAGGUGGGAAAUAAAGCUUAUUGUGUGAAUCUGAUCCUGAACUCCAAGUUUCUAGCAUCAACAUGUACUCAUUGAAAUUGCAGCAAAAAACCAUUCAACCACCAGUCUAAUUGACUAAUGAAAUUUUAAAUAAGUUAUGAAAUGAGGCAGAGCUGGAGAUUUACUGUGGAUUUGUUUUCCCAUCUUUCAAUCUAGAGCUGUAAGGGAAUUACAACCAAACCGGUAAUUUCUUUUGAUUUUCUCUGCGUUUUUGGAAUUUUUAUGUAGGCAAACUGUUUGUUCUUGCUUUUUCAUGCAAUCUUGGAAGUUAAUGUCAAUUACUAAUAAUUAGAUUAGUGAUGUUGGGAGAUUAGCUGUCUGGGUUUUGGUCAAUUGGUUAUAUAACCUAAUAAAAUUUAGCCAUAUUUGGAAUUUGGCCCUUUUGAAGAAGAAGAAGAAGAACAACAACAACAACAAGAAGAAAAGAGCAUUCAUGCUAAGAAUUUGGCCAUAUUUGUUUAUUGCACUCGUUUUUUCCUGUCGUGGGUUCAUUCUCUUUUUGGGUCACCAAAGCAGAACAUGAGAUUUUACAAGAUUAAUUUAUUGUUUCCAACCCAAUGACUUGAACACUAGCCAAUUGAGUCAAUGAUAUGUGAAAAUACCUUGCAUGCUGUUAAAUUUUUGUUUAUUGACUAUGAUUUUUGAUGGUUAUGACCUCAAAAUUAAAAUUAGGGAAAAAGAACUGGUAGUCAGAGAUCUGGGGAAUUACUUGAUGAAUGUUUAAACUGUGAUCAGCAUUUGGAUUUAGAUACCAAUGGCCUUAAAUGUCAUCCUUGCUACCGUAACUUGUGCCAAGCUUAUGAAGUUCAGCAAACUUUUGCUUCCUAUUUUCCCAUGUUGGAAGAAUUGAAGGAAGCCUACUGGGAAGGUGGAUGAAAGCCGAAACCAAGCAAAAGUGCGUUAAAGACCACUCUAGAUUGGGGGUCUGAUUGUCUCAAGACAGCAGCAGAUUUUCCUUUGCAUAUUUGAUUUGCCACUGCAACAACCCCAAUUAUAAUGGCUUCUCGAAACCAGCUGAUUCAGUUUGUUUUGCUUCCCCACUUAGCCCUAGGCCACAUGAUUCCCCUUGUUGACAUGGCUAGACUGUUGGCACAACAUGGUGUUACAGUUACCAUAAUCACCACUCCCUUCAAUGCUGCUCGGUUUGAGAUGGUUAUUGAAAGAGCAGUGGAAUCAGGGUUUAAAAUCCAACUCCUGAAAGUUCCAUUCCCUUCUGAAGCGGUAGGCUUGCCUCCAGGGUGUGAAAGCAUGGACACCCUCCCUUCGCGUGACUUGUUCAAAAAUCUACUAAUUGGCAUUAAUAUGCUUCAAGCACCAGUGGAACAAAUGCUUAGUAAGUUGCUGCCUCCUCCAAGUUGCAUAAUUUCUGAUAAAAAUGUAGCGUGGACUCAUCAGACUGCUAUGAAUUUUGAAAUCCCAAGGCUUGUCUUUGAUGGGACCAGUUGUUUUUCUCUUUUGUGCACGCACAAUAUACUUGCUGCUAAAAUUCAUGAAAGUUUGUUGGAUUCCGAGCCGUUUGUGGUGCCUGGUUUGCCUGAUCGGGUUGUGUUGACAAAGGGUCAACUGCCUAAUGCUGUCCUAAUGAGUGACUCUAGAGAUAUUCGUAGUUCAAUAAGAGAAAUGGAGCAAGCAGCAUAUGGGGUUGUGGUUAACACUUUUGAGGAAUUGGAAAGGGCGUAUGUGAAUGAAUUUCGAAAAGUUAGAGGUGGUAAAGUUUGGUGUGUUGGACCGGUUUCACAAUGCAACAAGGAGAACUUAGAUCAGGCUGAAAGAGGCAACAAGGCCUCAAUAGAUGAAAACCAGUGUUUGAAAUGGCUUGAUAAUUGUGCACCACACUCUGUAAUCUAUGUUUGUCUUGGAAGCCUCAGUAACCUCACAUUAGAGCAACUGAUCGAGCUUGGAUUAGGCUUGGAAGCAGCUAACCGACCUUUCAUUUGGGUUAUAAGAAGAGGUAAUAGAGCAAAAGAGAUUGAGAAGUGGAUAUCUGAAGAACAAUUUGAGACCAGAAUAAAAGGAAGAGGCCUUCUGAUCCAUGGCUGGGCGCCACAAGUGCUAAUCUUAUCACAUCGUGCCAUUGGAGGAUUCUUGACAAAUUGUGGUUGGAAUUCGACGUUGGAAGGUUUGUGUGCAGGCAUCUCAAUGAUAACAUGGCCAUUAUUCGCUGAGCAGUUUUAUAAUGAAAGGUUCAUUGUUCAAGUACUGAAAAUUGGUGUGAGAUUGGGGGCUGAGUUUUCUAAGAAAUGGCAAGAGGGACAGCAGUUUGGGGUGCCUGUUAAGAGGGAAGAAGUGAAAAGGGCAGUAGAGAACCUAAUGGAUGGAGGAGAGGAAGGAAAGGAAAGAAGGAAAAGAGCUAGAGAACUUGGAGAGAUUGCAAAGAAAGCAAUAGAAGUUGGGGGAUCUUCUUAUCUCAACAUGACAUUGCUAAUUGAAGAUAUUAGGCAAAAAGUCCUUAAGCAAGCGAAUUAAUAGAUUGGGUGAAUUUAAAAUUUUAUUAAUAUAUGUAAUUUUAUAUUUAAUUUGUAAAAAAAAAAGAUAUUAACAAAAUAAAUUUGGUAACAACCUCUUGUUACUUUAAAGA